AUGUCUGACACUUCCCAGGUUAAAAUAAAAUUUUUCACUCGUGAGCAAGACGAAAACUUACAACAAAUUCAAGACGCACCAUUAUACGCACCAGUUACCUUAAAAAGAUACGGUUUAAGUGAGAUUGUCAAUCAUUUAUUGAAAUUAGAUAAGAGAGUACCAUUUGAUUUUUUAAUUGAUGGUGAGCUAUUAACCAGCACCUUAGAUGAUUACCUGGUUACAAAUGGUUUAAGUAGUGAAGUUUUAUUGAAUUUAGAAUAUAAAAGGGCAGUUUUACCACCAAGCUACUUGAAUAGUUUUAAUAAUGACGAUUGGAUCAGUAGUUUGGAUCAUUAUGAUACCACUAUCAUCAGUGGUUCAUACGAUGGUAUUGUACGCACUUGGGAUUUAAGCGGGCAAGUUAAAAAGCAAUAUAGUGGCCACUCGGCUCCCGUCCGUUGUGUUAAGUAUAUUAGCGAUACCAGGUUGGUUUCUGGUGGUAACGAUCGUACUUUAAGAUUAUGGAAGACGAAAUCAGAUUCUAAUACUAAUAACGAAGGCGACGAAAUCGAAGAAGGAAAAACUUUGGCAAUUUUAGAAGGCCACAAAGCACCCGUUGUUUCUUGUGCCGUUGACAAUAAUCGUAUUUUAUCUGCGGCUUAUGAUAAUACCAUUUGUGUUUGGUCAACGAAUUAUAAAGAAAUGUCUCUAAUCGAUCCAAUGGAUGAAUCAACCAAUAAUACUAACGUCGGCUCCACUGCUGCCAAGAAAAGGAGGAAGCUUGCCUUGAAAGAUGGAUCUAUAAGAAGACGCUCGCCACUUGCCAUAUUAGAAUCACACAGCUCACCAGUAGAAGAUGUCAUCUUUGACCAUAAUGAUACUACUGUGGCCUAUUCUGUUUCUCAAGAUCAUACAAUCAAAACAUGGGACUUGGUCACAAAUCGUUGUGUGGAUACUAAGAGUACUUCUUAUUCUUUACUAAGUAUUUUGCAGUUGCCUCAAAUUAAUUUAUUAGCAUGUGGAUCUAGUGCCAGACAUAUAACGUUGCAUGACCCACGUACUACAACAAAAGUAACCAACGCUCAAUUGAUCGGUCACAAAAACUUUGUUGUUUCCUUAAGCGACUGCCCAACUAAUCAAUAUAUGUUUGCAAGUGGAUCACACGACGGUACCGUCAAGCUUUGGGACGUCAGGUCCAACAAACCUUUAUAUACAAUAACUAGAGAACAAGACUCUGUUGGCUUAAGUAGCGACGAUAAGAAAGUUUUUAGUUGUGACUGGACUGAAAAAAUUGGUAUUGUAAGUGGUGGUCAAGAUAAAAAAAUCCAAAUAAAUAAGGAAAACUUUUAA